UCUCUCUUUCUCUCUCUCUCCCCCUCCCUCAAUCCUGACACAAGACCAAAGUGGAACACACAUCCUUAACUUAGAGAAGCAACCAAGGACAGAAGAGUCUCCACAGAAUGCAAUACAGAAUACUUCUUUUCUAACAAGUGUUUUUCAUAUUUUUAGCUAGCCAUAAGAGAGACUUUUGCUUUAUUAGCUGCAGUUACAAGUGAAAGAAAACUUUAGCAAAGCUCACUGGGCGGAGAGAAAGUCUAGGAGUUUCUAGGAGGCUGAUAGACGCUCCAUGUUCACACCCCCACUCCAGUCAUGCAUGAAUCCUCAUCAGAGCUCUGGGCCAAGGAGGGAAACUUUGGCUCUGCUAACGAAACAAAAAACUAAGCACCCUAAACAUUUUCUGGGCUGGCUGUUUCGUCGUUCUGUGAGGUAUUAGAGGUACAAAUGGAUCUUGUGGUGUUGGUGGCAUUCAGCUCCUGGCUGGCUCCUGCACUCGCUUCAGCAGCAGAUGAUGACAAAGACUACGACAGUGCUUUUCAUUACGAUUACGAAUCUCUGAGAAUCGGUGGCCUAGUUUUCGCAGUGGUACUGUUCCUCUUGGGCAUCGCCCUCAUUGUCACCCGAAAAUGUACCUGUUCGAAGAGUGAUAAGUCGAGGUCCAAGGGUCCUGAUGUGGAAUCAGGUGCUCCAAAGGCUUAGAUCCAGAGACAAGGAGCAGUGGAUUUCCAUAUUACUGACUGUUGCCAUUAGGUGGCAGCAAAUACCUUGAUCAGAGCUGAGGACAAUCUCUUCAUGAAGCUUCCUUCAAACUCAAAAUGUUACUGUGCUCCUUUUUUCCCCUUUUUUUAAUGUUUUUAUCACCAAUAACUGUUACAUAAUCUGCCACCUUUAUAUGAUAGAAAUAGUGUGGUUGAAAUUUAUAUUUUUUUGACUGUCAGAUUGAUGCACAAUAAUAAAAAUACGUGAAAAUC